AUGGUCGCGAUCACUGCCACGACGCCUGUGAAGGCUUUGGACGGCGGCGUAGAAAGCGAGCCGAAUUUCAGGAUCGAUGAAGAUGCGAACGGCAACAUUCGCUAUGUGUAUAAUGAGAUCGACCCAGUGUACGAUUCUGACGACUCAGACGCUGCGAUCACAUCAAACACGAUCGGAAAUAUUCCGAUGUCAUAUUACGACGCAUAUCCUCAUAUCGGCUACGAUAUCAAUGGACGGCGCAUCGCUAGACCUGCCAAAGGUGAAGCACUAGAUUCACUUCUGGACAGCAUCGACAUUCCCGAGGGGUGGACUGGUCUCACUGAUCCGUCCACGGGUAAACCAUUGCAGCUUACACCAGAGGAGCUUGAAACUUUGAAGAAGCUCACGCGUAACGAGGCUCCUGGCGACGGCUAUGAUCCAUAUCCGGACAUGGUAGAAUACUUCACCGGAAAAGGCAUGGAGGAAAUCAUGCCUUUGACCGCUGCUCCUGAACCAAAGCGUCGAUUUGUGCCGUCAAUGCACGAGCAUAAACGUGUCAUGAAGAUGGUCAAGGCCAUCAAAGAAGGAAGAAUUCAACCAUUCCGCGAGCCAACCGAAGAAGAGCGGGAACAGCUGGAGGCCGAGCAGGAAUUCGCCAGCUACGACAUCUGGUCAAAUGAAGCCCCGAAGCCUGAUCAUCCCAUGAACGUUCCGGCGCCGAAAUUGCCGCCUCCUGGCUAUGAAGAGAGUUACCAUCCUCCCCCGGAAUACCUUCCUGACAAGCAAGAGCGGGAGGCUUGGGAACAGCAGGACGAGGAGGACCGUGAGCAAAAGUUUCUGCCCCAAGACCAUUCUUCCCUACGAAAGGUUCCCGGAUAUGGCCAACUCAUCAAAGAGAAAUUCGAACGGUGUCUGGAUCUUUAUCUUGCUCCUCGUGUGCGUCGUGGCAAGCUGAACAUUGACCCCGAAUCACUUCUGCCCAAACUGCCCGAUCCUUCCGAGCUGAAACCGUUUCCAACUACAUGUGCCACAACAUAUACAGGUCAUGAUGGCCGCGUGAGGAGCGUGGCUAUUGACCCCAGUGGAAAGUAUAUUGCCUCUGGUGGCGAUGAUGGCACAGUUCGAGUAUGGGAAUUGCUGACAGGCCGACAACUUCUACGUGUCAAGCUCUCGGCUACCGACACUGUCAACGUCGUCACUUGGCGACCCGGAAACAACGCAUUGAUCAUCGGGGCAUGCUGUGGUGACACUGUUUACUUAAUGAUUCCACAGGGAGAUCUCUGUUCACCUGAGAUCGAAAUGGCGAGUCGAGAUAUUCUUGAUGCCGGAUACGGCUAUGCUGCCAGUUCGACCACGUCGUCUGCCGAUAAGGCAAAAUCAUUCGCAGUUUGGGCACGGCCCCCUGCAUCUCUGCAGGAGAAGGGUGUUUUGUUGACACUGACCCUCCGCUCGACGCCAAAGACGCUCGCCUGGCACCGUCGAGGCGAAUACUUCUCAACUGUAGCCCCAUCUUCGUCCUUGACUUCUACAGCCGUGGCAAUCCACACCCUGAGCAAGCAUCAAACUCAACAUCCAUUCCGACGAUUGAAGGGACUUGCGCAAACCGUGUGUUUCCAUCCGAGCAAGCCUCUCUUCUUCGUCGCUACCAGACAGCGAGUUCGUGUGUACGACCUUCAGGAGCAGAAGAUGCAGAAGGAGCUGCAGCCUGGAGCUCGCUGGAUCAGCUCGAUCAGUCUGCAUCCCAUGGGAUCCAAUCUCCUAGUGUCAUCCUAUGACAAGCGACUCCUGUGGCACGACCUUGACCUUGGCAGCACCCCAUACAAAACCCUGCGAUACCACUCCAAAGCUAUUCGAAGUGUCAAGUUCCAUCCCAGUCUGCCACUCUUCGCCGACGCCAGUGAUGACGGAAGCCUACAAAUUUUCCACGGCAAGGUUAUGGGUGACAGUCUCGAGAAUGCUACUGUGGUGCCAUUGAAAGUGCUCAAAGGCCACAGGAUCAAAAGUGACCUCGGUGUGCUGGAUGUUGAAUGGCAUCCCAGCGAAGCUUGGGCCAUUAGCGCAGGAGCUGAUGGCACUGUGAGACUAUGGAUCUAA